AUGGCCACCCUUGGGGAGGUGGUAGACACUAUUCUCGGCCAACGGGUGCAAUUGAGGCGUCUGCAAGGAUCAGGCGCAGCUGGUCAAUCGGGAUGUUCCAUAUACUUUGCUCGACCAUGCGAUGAAGACGACAAUGACACCGAAGAUAAGACCAAAAGGCCCAUCGCCGUCGUCAAGGUCUACCCACCACACCGCCACAGCGAUCUGUUGGACGAAUUGGCUAGCUACAAGACACUUCGCUCGUUACCAAGCCCUCCUCGAGCUGUGCAUCCGAUUGGUGUGGGAAGAACCCGUGAUGAAGAAUCUGGGGCUCUGGCUGGGGUUGUUGUAUAUCAGGUCGCUACGGGAAAGGCCGUAAAUACGAUACUUUGCGAGCUGGGAUGGAUAACUCGCUUGCGGAGCCUGGUACGGGACGCGGCUAUGGAUGUGACGAACCGUCAUAAAUUACAGAUAUUUAUGGAGCAGAAUCGUGGCGACAUUCCGGUCGAUUGGGAGGCGCAUAAGGCUCUCGAGAAACAAGGCGUCGAUAUCUACUUCUCAGAGGCGUUGCCGGCGUUCUUUGAGCAGCGAUAUCAACACCUAUUGAGGGAUCUUCGGUCUGCUAUGAGGGCGGUGGCAUCCGUCCUGGCCAAGCUGCACACUGGGAGAAGGGGAGAAUGGUGCGAUGCAGCCGAGAAUGCACUGGAAAAUAUAAGGAAACGGAUACGAGGAUGGAUAGAAGAGAUUCAGACGGACGCGGCUCCAGGAUACGACAAUGCCGGCAUUGGAGUAGACCGACGGGAAGAAAUGCAGGAUAUGGUGGAAUAUGCUAUCCACCAAGCAAAGCACCGAGCCACAACCUCGCUGACCCAUGGCGAUGCUUCGUCGGGAAACUUCUUCUGGGAUUCAAACAUUGGAGUCACUAUGAUUGACUACGGUGGCGUGCGUUUGUCGACAGAUGAAUCAGGGAAACCAACCGGUCUGGCCGAGAUGGACACCGCUGGAUUCUAUGAACGGCUGCGGAAAUACGCACCGUCGUUUGGAGUCAGCGACGACGAUGUUACGAGUCUUCAGGAGACAUUCUGGACUGCAUAUCAUGAGCAUAACAUGUCCCUUGAUCCAGACAUUGUUCGACUGGUUCGUCUGCGCAUCCAGAUGAGUCGGCUCUGGUCCGCGGUGGACAAGUUCAACCAGAGUCAGGAUGGAAACCAAGCAGUUGUUGAAGGGGAAUUCCAACGGCUCCGUUCCAUAGCCAAGUUGCUGCGAGACCAAGGAGCUUGGAAACGUAACAUCCUCGUGGUUUCCAACGCAAGUGGAUGUGGUAAAGGUGGCAUACCAUUCCUGAAUCAGGAACUCGUCAAUGGCUUGGCAGGUCUCAACGGUGUUUCUGUAGCACUAUUUCUCGUUGGAGAUAAUAAUUCCGUUUCCCAAACACAUCAUGAAAACGUAACAGUGGUCGGUCUUCCCGGUUCAGAAGCCAAUGGAGAGCUCCUGUACUAUAUGGCCAAAGUUCACCAACCGGAAGAAUUUGGUCUGCCCACCCACAGAGAUGCGAACUGUCGCUCUCCCUUCGAUCUCAUCAUUGGACACUCCCGUUAUUCCAGUGCCGCCGCAGCCUUGGUCCGCGAUCGGUUUUAUCCCGCAGCCAAACUGGCCCUUAUCACGCAUACGAGUCCUCUGCGGAAGGCGGAUGCAGCGUGGGCAUGGUACGGAGGAUCACGUCAGCAGGGAUAUGAGGAAGCAACGAGACUAGCGAUGUUGGACGAAAGGAUCCUCCCGAAGGCCGAUUUAGCGGUGGGGGUUGGUCCUGUGCUCACCAACGAGGCCAGAGAGCGCGAGUGGGUGGGACAGUUGACGCGUCCACGAUGGAGUUUGACAGGGCCCCGGUUUCACGAGCUCAUUCCUGGUGCUCAUAUUGUGAAAGAUGAUAAGGAUAUAAGAGCAAGACGACCAGAUGAUCCAUUUAAGGUGCUUCUAGCUGGUAGGGCAGAUGAUCCCGCCAAGGGGGUCGAUGAUGCGAUCCACGCCGUAUGGAAAUUGGCGGAGUCGGGUGUGGAAAACAUAACCAUCGACAUACUUGGGGUGCCUAUCGGAGAGGUGGAAAAGAGACAAGAGGAAGUUGAUCAAAUGACUGGUAUACCAGCACUAGUUCGGUUUCAUCCCUUCUCCAACGACCAGCAUGUAGUGCGUCGGUCUUAUCAAGCUGCCGAUCUGGUGGUGAUGCCAUCCACACAUGAAGGGUUCGGGAUGAUAUUCACCGAGGUUGCAGGGCUUGGAAUUCCUAUUCUCGUAACAGAGGACAGCGGUGCUGGGCAGUUUGCUCUGGACCGAAGUCGUAUUCCAGCUGAGUUGGGCGAUGCAGUAGUAGUGAUGGAUGAGAAAGCGUACGGGAUUCCUGCCUCGAUCAAAAGCAGUCGCGUGGGCCUUUGGGCCGAUCGAAUUAAUCAAGUUCGACAGAAUCCAAUCCAGGCAGUACGCAAUGCGAGAGAAUUACAUAAUGUUAUGCGGGGGUAUUCAUGGGCACAUGCAGCAGAGGCAUUACUAGAUGCUGCCAUGGAGCAUCAUGAAGGGGACACAGUGCAGACAGCCCAUGGUUCUCUCUUGCCAUAUCGACCGCUCCUUAGCCCAGAGGUGGAUGCUUCUCUCCGAUGUGCUACAACGAUCCGUAAUCAUAACGGAGUACCGGAAAGAGAACAAGCUGCCGCGGUAGUGAAGAGUCUACCAGAGAUAGCUCCAUCACUAAACGCCCUUAACGAGUUCGUUUCUAAAGCGUUGGGUCAUCAAGUCAUUCUACGACCAUUAGAUGGACCUCAUGUGAAGGGAUUCUCUGGAGCGCCGGUCUUCUUCGCGCAUUCUACCUUUACUCACAGCUACCAGACAAGACAGACAGACGCUGCUAUCCUGUCGCAGGGUGAGGAGCUAGCGGUGAUCAAGUUAUUUCCAGCCGGCCUGGAUAACGGCAUCGCAGAAGAACUGUCGAGUUUGGAAUGGUUGCUGCAUCAAACCAAGGGCGAUAUCAACACCCCAACCCCCAUUGCCGUGGGGCGAACGACAUGGGACGAAAAGGAGACUGGCGUAGUCACAUACAGGGUAGCUCAAGGAGUCUCCCUCUAUCAGCUCAUGGCGCGUUUAGGUCUGCUAGAUGGACCCGAACGAGACGAUAGCGUCACAGUGUUGAAGCGUGGUGUUAUAGAAGCGGCCAAAACCCUGGCCAAACUGCAUUCUUACGCCGUCCAAGGACGCUCGAGUGAGGGAUAUCUCGAAUGGUACUACGACGCAGCGCCAGGACGGGUCAAUCGGCUGCGUUCCCAUGCCGGCAUAUUACUUGAACACACUGGGAUUGAUGUGGAUAAGCUCGACGAGAAGGUUCAUACACUCAUUGCUCAGUCACGGCAGGAGAUAUAUCGUCAUCCACAAGCAGCAGUAGUGCAUGGUGAUGCCCAUCCCGGGAACUUCUUCUUUGACCCGAGAUCCGGUCGGACCACCGUCAUCGACGUGACUACAUUACACUGCUCGCUUGAUGAGAACGGCAAUCCCGCUGGCACACCUGAGAGAGAUGUAGGACAUUUUCUUCAUAUGCUGCGCCGCACGGGGGAACAGUUGAAUAUGAGAGAGAAGGAGAUGGACGAGUGCUCCAGGGCAUUUCUGACAGCGUAUAAAGGCACUGCGGCCGGAAAGUUGGGUAUACAUACUCUUCGACUAUUGGGUGUAUGUUCUGCUCUGUCUUUUGUUGGACAUGCACUCCAAGGUCCAUCUAUUGAUGGACAGAUCCUGAAACAACAGGCGAAGAUAUUGGAUGAUAUGUUUUGUCUCGACCAGUCUGGGCUCCUUGGUUGA